AUGAACAAUAAUAGUAGUAAAUCAAAUGAUCCUAAAUUAAAUAAUGAUGAUCCAUAUCAAGUUUUGUUUAGAGAGAAUGGUUAUAAUGUUGAAUUCCAAACAGUUUUAAAUAUAAAGAGAUGUGGUCAUCAAUCAUUAAUUGAUACUUUAUUUGAAGUAGACAAUUAUGAUUGUUUAUUAGUUACCAGUAUCAAUGCAAUUCAUACACUUGUCGAAUCUAUAGAUUUUUUCAAUAAUACUAGUAAUAAUAAUAAGACAUCAGCAUCUUUGUAUAUAAAUAUUUUAAAACAAUGGGUUGAACAUAAACAAUUCCUAUUUGUUGGUGAAUCUUCACUUAAUCAUUUGAAUGAAUCACUCCAAAAGUUAAAUCUACCUAUAAUUUCAAAUUAUCUUGUCGCAACCAAUGCAAGAUCAUUAGGUUCAUCAAUAAUAAUAGAUCAACAACAAAAACAAGAACAGCAACAAGAUCGACAGGAAAGAGAACAACAAAAUGGAAUUGAAAAAGCUGUUGAAAAAUUAGGAGAAUAUGAUCAUUCAUCAACAUCAUCACCACAAGUAAAAGAAGAUCUUCAAAAGUCAACAACAACAUCGUUGAAGAUAUUAUAUUUGUGUGGUAAUUUGCGAAGAGAUGAACUACCAUCGAUGUUAGUGGAACCAGCUUUCAAAUUGAAAGAAUUGGUUGUAUACGAAACAACAUCGAUCAUCAUCAAUGAUAUGAAUGAUGUCGAUCUUGAUCAACAACAGCAGCAUCCAUCAGGUGUGAGUCAUUCCACGGUGAAACUUGGUCAUCGAAUAGCUGCCAUAGGCAAAACUACGGCACAAGCAAUAGAAUCACAUGGAAUAAGAGUCGAUGCAGUCGCCUUGCAACCCACACCUAAUUCACUGUUAGAGUCAAUCGAAAAUAAUAAUAACAAUAACAACAACAAAGAUGAUCAAUCAUUGAGUAGUGACAACAUUCUCUCUCUAAAGUCUGGCGAUAAACAAUCUUUUAAACAACACAACAGCAUCAAACAACAAUUGUUUAAUUUAAAUAGUAAAACUAAACAUAGCAAGUUCAAUCUUUCUUGA